GGUCCUAUCCCAGGAGCUAUAGCAGGCUGCAAAAAGUUGGAACAACUGAACCUCUCUUGUAACAGCUUUGAUGGAAGAAUACCAAAGGAGCUCUUUACUCUUAUCUCCCUUUCCCAGUGUCUGGACUUGUCUCACAACCAACUCUCUGGACAGAUACCUCUGGAGAUUGGCAAUCUGAGAAAUCUUGGGCCACUAAAUAUUUCCCAUAAUCAACUGUCUGGACAAAUACCCCCCACUCUAGGUCAGUGCGUCCGUUUGGAGUCCCUCCACAUGGAGUGUAACCUCUUUCAUGGGAAAAUCCCUCACUCCUUCAGAAGUUUGGAAGGAAUCAUUGAGAUGGAUCUAUCUCAAAACAACUUAUCUGGUGAAAUCCCUGACUUCUUUAAGUUCUUUUAGUCUAUGAAGCUUCUCAAUUUGUCCUUCAAUAAUCUCGAGGGUCCAGUACCAUCAGAUGGGAUAUUUCAGAAUGGAAGCAAGGUUUUCAUUCAAGGGAAUGUGAAGUUAUGUACCAGCAUUCCAUUGCUACAGCUGCCAUUUUGCAAUGCAGAGACAUCCAAACAAAGGAAUGUCUCCAGCAUUUUCAAGAUAGUAGGAUUUACAGUUCUCUCUUUGGUCCUAUUAUCAUGCUUUGCAACCAUUAUUUUGAAGAAGAAAAAGAAACUCAAACAAGCAGCUCAUCCAUCCUGCAAAGAGUUGAAGAAGUUCACAUAUGCAAAUUUAGUGAGAGCAACAAAUGGUUUCUCACCAGAUAACAUGGUCGGUUCAGGAAAAUGUGGUUCUGUGUACAGAGGUAGAAUUGAAUCUGAAGAACAUGAAGUUGCCAUCAAAGUUUUCAAACUCAAUCAACUCAGAGCACCAAAAAGCUUCAUUGCUGAGUGCAAGGCAUUGAGGAACACUCGUCACAGGAAUCUUAUAAGGGUGAUUACAACAUGCUCAACCAUUGAUCCAACAGGACAUGAUUUCAAAGCUAUUGUUCUUGAAUAUAGUGUUAACAGCGACCUGGAAAGUUGGCUCCAUUCAACAGUCCAUGAGGUUGGUCAAAGAAGGCCAUUGAGUUUCGGUACAAGAAUAGUAAUAGCAGUGGACAUAGCUGCUGCUUUGGAUUACCUCCAUAACCAAUGUGUGCCUCCUAUGGCACACUGUGAUCUGAAGCCUAGCAAUGUCCUUUUGGAUGAUUUCAUGGGCGCCCGUGUUGGCGAUUUCGGGUUGGCUAAGUUCCUGCAUAGUCAUAAUUCUUCGGACAUUCAUAGUUCUACAAGCUUAGUGGGGCCAAGAGGAUCGGUUGGAUACAUUGCACCAGAAUAUGUCUUUGGGAGCAAAAUCUCCACUGAGGGCGAUGUAUUUAGCUAUGGAGUCAUCAUCUUGGAAAUGCUAACAGGAAAGCGUCCAACUGAUGAGAUGUUUAAAGAUGGCCUGCGCCUUUACAAAUUUGUUGAAAAAUCAUUUCCUCAAAAGAUUGAGGAGAUUCUAGACCCUAGGAUAGUUCCAGGUUAUAGAGAUGAAGGUGAAGAUGCAGGAGGUGAUUUAGACUGGGAAACUCAUCGAAUGGUUGCUAUGAACUGCAUCAUAAAGCUCACUGAGCUUGGGUUGUUGUGCUCUGCGGUGACACCUAGAGAUCAGCCCACUAUAUAGCACGUAUACAACGAAGUUACCGCAAUCAAAGAAUCAUUUCCAGCAUUGCAGGGCUGAGGAAAAGGAAAAUGCAUAUGAUGCCUUGAAGAAGACUAGUUUACAUUUUUUUGACUAAGUACUUCUUUGUCCAAAAGGAAAAGUCUAUUGUGAAGCUUUUCCUAGCCUGCCCCUCCCCUGUAUCUUGUGGUUUUUCUUUUACUUUGCCGCACCUCGCAGCACCACUGUAAACCCUACGUAUCUUAAUACAAUGAAGCAGCCCGGCUGCAUUCGUCCCCAAAAAAAGGUCUAUUGUGUAUGCAAAUGUCAACCAGCUUAGCUCUAUGGAAUAAUGUUCAGCCUUGAAGCUUUCCUGUCUUACUCUUUUUUUUCUGAUACCUAAUAAUAAACUAGUACUAUUUAUUCCGUUUCUCUGUUUUUCAACUUGCUUGCUAUUGCCAGGCAUGCAUAUAUUGCUCUCUGCUCAAAAGGGUGUAUUUUACUUAACAUGAAGAUUAAGACGGUUAAAAGUAGCACGGCAGUA